AUGUUUUUGGUUCUCCACACUUUGAAGCCAAUAUCCAAGCAAUGCAGCUCCUGUGCAAUCGUCAACAGUGCUGGUCGACUCAUAGGAUCCAAAGCCGGUAGCGUCAUCGAUGAAGCGGACUGCGUCAUCCGCAUGAAUGGCGCCCCGACGGCAACCUACGAAGCCGACGUGGGUACCAGGACAACCUUCAGGGUCAUGGGUCACCGUAACUUUCCCAAAAUGAUGGGAUCUAUGACAGACAGGAGUCGGUACCUGGAGGAUAAGGCGACCUUGUCUGACAUUGUAGUUGUCUGGCACUACCAGGUGGAUUGGAUUCAGAAUUCUCCCUCUCGGUGGUGCAAGACGUACGCUGGUUUGUAUCCUAACGCCGCUGUAUAUCUAGCAUCGGAAGACGUUAUGAGACGAAACGAGAUGAUAUUCUACAAGGAACUAAACGUCUCAAAGUCGACAGUAAAAAUAUGGAUGUCAACAGGCUGGGGAACGAUGUUGUUUGCUCUUGAUGUAUGUGAAACCAUCGAAGUGUAUGGGAUGAUCUAUGAAGACUUCUGCAGCAAGCACCCAAACGACACCUACUCCUACCACUACUUCGACACUAUACGAACAGAGUGUGCUUACUACACAAAGAGCGAAAAAGGUACACAGACCGGCCACAAAUUCCUCACUGAGAAAGCUGUUUUUGCCAAGUGGGCCGCCACGUACGGCAUCGUCUUCCACGAACCAUCAUGGGACGGUCACCUGAAGGGGUACGACGAAAACACGGUGGUCGACACACUGUUUAAGAGAACGUUCAAGGAGUACGAACGGACGGGACGACACCAGAAACAAUCCCCGUUAAUUGUCAAACGAAGAGUGAGUCGUAAACAAAAGCCGGCGGUACGCCACAAGAUCUUACGAGGCCACUAG